CGACGGGGCCGGAGGCGGAUCGGGACCCAUCCCGACACCGGGACCGCCGCGGCAUUAAAGGCAUCGUCCUCGUCGCCUCCUCGGAACGUCGCCGCGUGGCGGCGGCGUCACCGCUGCCGUUACCCAUUCCCGACGGCGCUGCAGGUUGUUAGUUGCAGCGCCGCGCGUAAUGAUGACGAGGCGUUAACGUUGUGGUGGGUCGAAACGGACCCCCUUUCCGCCGCCUCGCGGUUUUGUAGAGUUCGAAGGAGGGACUGGCUGGCAGGAGAUGAUAGAUGGAGAGGAGAGGUGGCGGCUAUGGUACAGGAGUAAUAUCACACAGUGAUGGCGGUAUAUGCGGGGAGCUUACUUUAGACGGCGGAAAGGGGAUCACUGAUUAGCAGGGUAUCGAGUUUAUUGUCUUCCUGAUGUGAUCUGGAUGGGGGCAGGGAUGAGACGACGAUUACGGAACACGUAUCGUUUUCACUUUUGGGGGAAAGCAGAUCCUCCUCCUUGAUCUUCCCACGGAUCACCAUUCCUUUUUUUUUUUUUUUUUUUGGCUCUAAAUGAGAUAACGAGAAUGGACACAGUUGUUGCUGUUUUAAUUUAAUCGUGUCAUCGCAAUCUCCAUGGAACAUCUGUCCUCGAUCAAUAUGUUCGGGGUAGCAUGAAAAUGAUAAAGUUGUACUAGGAGCUGCCCGCGAUGUUAAGCUCGAUUACUGCGAGAACAUGUAAACAAAAAGGAGACGCAGAUAUCGCAGCAGCAUAUUCUUGGUCGUCUUCAAUCCUCAUCCGGUGGGCUUUCAUGCUUUUUGCAAAGUGGGAGAUGCCAUUCCAGUUUUGAGCGUGAUAAUUGUAAAAGUGAGAUUCAUAGAAAUCGAGUGAGUGAGUGAGUGCAAACAUCAUUUUCCGGAGAAUUGAGAAUGUUGUUGUUAUAGAAUAUCAGCCUCACCCUCAUGUUCUCGCUCAUCUGAAAGGUAUGAAUUCUCUAUUCGACUUGUUUGUGUGUGGGCUUAGAAUAUCCAGCCCAAUCCGAAGCCCAUUACAAAGAGCAGUGGAAUUAAUGGGAGAAAAUUGAGUUCUUUCCACCUCCCAAGCCCUAUCGCCUGCCGUCCGUCGUCCGCUCCUCCACCACAAUUGCGCCUGUGAAAGAGGACAGUGGACCACUGCUUCAAAAACGAUGUUGGAUGUCUCUCCCGUGAAUUAUUCAAGGCCUACCCUUCACAUCUGAAUGGAUCUGACAAGGAGAAAACUUGUAUCCUAUGUGCUGCUCCUUGCUGCUCUUUCUAAAUUUCUGUGCCUCCCCAAUUGAUACCAUUACCAUGGUAAAUUGUUCAUCUAGUAUGGGGGAAAUCGGCAUGCGAGGUGAUCUCUUCUACACUCCUCGCUCAAGAAGCCUUCCCUUUUUUUCAGCUAGCUUUGCUGCAAAGAUUAUAGUAAGUCAAUCCGUGCGGCAUUCGAGAAGAGAUCCAUCUCUUAAAAUAAAAAGGGUAAGCAAAAGGGAGCAUCAUUUGUGGAUGAAGAGAGAUUCAGCAGGGUCUGGACAAAAAGCUCUGAAUCUUGUCCAUACUAUUGAGAAACUUCCCAAUGAGAAAGAGGUUAUUUAUUGUAUGUUGGACAAGUGGAGUGCUUUUGAAACUGAAUUCCCUGUUAUUGCUGCUGCAAAAGCCUUGGAAAUUCUUCGAAGACGAAGAAAGUGGCUUCGAAUCAUUCAGGUUACCAAGUGGUUGUUCAGCAAAGGCCAAGUACUUACAAUGGGAACAUUUGACACAUUGCUCUUGGCAUUUGAUAUGGAUGGGAGAGUGGAUGAAGCUGAAUCCGUAUGGAAAAUCAUUUUACAAACAAGCACUCGUUCAGUCUCCAAAAAGUUGUUUUCAAGGAUGAUUGCUUUGUACGACCAUCAUCACCAUCCUGAUAAAAUUUUGGAGGUUUUUGCAGAUAUGGAGGAAUUAGGAGUAACACCUGAUAACGAUAGUGUUACAAGGAUAGGAAGAGCCUUUGAAAUGUUGGGACAAAAUGAUAAGCGAGAUCUGUUGUUUAAAAGAUACAAGAGCAACUGGAGGUACCUCCACUUCAAUGGCGAGCAUGUCAGAGUUCGCUCAACAGAAACAUAUAACUAAGUAUCCAGUUUCAUGGGAUCGACUUAUUAUCAAACACAACACAAAUCAGAACAGAAUGGUGCACCCACUUUUUGGGACGAAACCCGAAGGCAGAACAGAACUAUGAGUAAAUACCGUUUUAGAGUAUAUCCGCCAUCUUGAUGGCUUGUGGCUGAACGUAUGGAUGUUCUAUGUUUGUAGUAUUUCAUUGUGAAUACAAUAUGCAUCUCCAGUUAUACUGAAAAUGAAAUUUGUUCUCCUUUUUGUAAUUUUUGCAGACAACAAUCUAUCUAUUUAACUAUUUCUUUUUUA